UUAUUUAGAAACACUGAUUACAAAGGAAUAAUAUUCAUUUCGUAAUUUGUUUCUCGGUAAUUUCGAAAUUUCUUAUCAUCUUUAAAAGUUUGGCAUGUUACUGAACCGUUAAUGAUAUCUAUUCUUUAUUAUUGUAUUCUAAAACUUUGAAGUGUAAUAUGAAAUUUUCGCAAAGUUUAAAAUACUUUGGAUUAUUACCAUUUGGUAUUUGUGGAAUGGCAGAAAGUGAAAGUAACACGGAAGAAGAUGGCAGAGAUGACGCAGGAAGAUUAUCCUUCUCAAGUAAUAGACACAAGCUUCCUUGAAAAACAAGAAAUAGUUACUCCUUCUGACAAUGAUGUAAUUGUAUUCAGCAACUUUUCAGAAAUGACAGUUAGUCAUGACAAUCUCUUGCAAAUGGAGAGAGAAAUGGAAAAGGAAGACCUACAGGAAAGACUGUUCAUUUUACAAGGGCAGAAGGACAAGAUUGAGAAGGAUCCAAAAAAAGCUUUUUUGCAGCUAGAGGAAGAGAGACUCAAUAAUGAUGGAAAGAUAAGUCUUAGUAAUGACCAAGGAAUUUGUUGUAGAAGUAUGAGUACUCCAUUUAAAAGCAGCACAAAUUCCGUUACUGAAACAUCUGGAAACCUUGAAAAUACUCCUGGAAGCACAGAGAGUCCUGACUGUUCUGCAGCAGAUAAGGAACCUAGCGCAAUGAAUUGCGAUAAAAGCAACGGCACCAUAGUGAGAGACAUGGAAAAAACAAGCAAACAAAAGGAUGAUUUGCCAAAACCUACCGCAGUUGUAAAAGAAAUAAAAAGUAAUGCUGAUGGAAAAAAGUCUGAAAUGAAAAGUGAGACUUAUAGUAAAACAAAAACAAAGUCUGAACCUGCAAAAGAAGACAAAGUGGAAAGUAGUGAAGAGACAGUGCUGAAAUCUGAUAAUCAGCAAGCAGAUAAAACACCAGCAUUGAAGAAGUCCCAUUCCCAGGCAGACAAACCUAAUCAAAAACAGAGCAAUCAAAGGUCUCAAGGAAAGCAAUCACAGCCACAAGCCACAAAACCAGCAGAACAACCGAAAAAGAAAUCGUCAAGACAGCGAUUUAAAGACAUCAACAAGAAAGAUACAGGAGGAGAUUUGAUGGAUGCGUACACUGAGAAGAAGCCAUCACCAGAGGUACAUGAAGGUUUUAUUCAAAAUAUUGCACAACCGUAUCCGCUACCUGUAAGCACUGCUUCGUUACAGCCAAAAAACAUUUCACAGACUCAGCCACCACUUUAUAACGGAAUGCCACCUAUGUAUUACUCCCAUAUGCAAUCAAACCAACCCAUACAACCACAGCAAACACAACAACAACCUGCACCAAAUACGGGAAUUUCCACAAAUACCAAAAAGGCAAGAUCCAAAAGACCUUCGAAGAUCAUCAUUAAGGAUCCAAACAGCAAAAAAGAUAUUACAGAAGAAAUAAGAACACAUAGUGGAACUGCUAAUGGUAGAUCAACUGCCACCCCUCCAUUGGCUAAUACAGCUGCACAAACAGAAUCAUCAGCAAUCCAGGCAGAAUUUGCUGCCAAAGUAGAAGCCCGUAGAGCUGGUGGCAAAUUGUAUGGUGAGAAAAGUGAAGGUACUAACAAAGAAAAACCCAGCCAAGGAGAGAAGAGUAGGAUAGAUUUAAAAAUUAUUGAGAAUGGUAAAACUCCUCGUGAUCAGGAAGUAAAGGAUUGUCCAAUGCAAAUCGAGAAAAAUUCAGCCAAAAAUGCUAAAUUAAAAAAUGCCAAUGUUGUUGAUAAUUCAAAGAAGGAAGAUGAGAUGGAUUUUGAAGCUCAACAAAGUUCUUCAAAUAUGAAGGAAAAGACCAAAGAAGAAACUUCAUAUGAAACUGAAGUGAAAGUUUUGAAAGCUGACAGAGAACAGAAUGGAAACAUUGAAUCUGAUGUUGAAAUCAGUUAUAGGAGAAAAGAACCAGAUGAUGUAGAAAAGAAAAUUCUAACAAAGUCUGAUCAUCUAGAUUUCGUGACACAGAAAAAUGGAACAGAACUCAAGAGUGACUUAGACAGUAAGCAAAUGACGGAAAAUAACAAAGAAAGUCCAAAUAACAGUGUAGCAACUUCAGAUAACAUAGUAUCAACUUCUGAUAACAUUGUAGCAGCUUCUGAUAACAUUUUUGCUACUUCUGACCACAAUCCAGAAACUCGUGCUAAAGCGUCUUUUGAUAAAAACCAAACACCUGAUCCUAGUGCUGUAACCCAUUAUAAAAAUCUAAUUCCUCCAGAUGAUAGUGAAGCAACACCUGAUAUCAAACCAGAUACUGCUGAUAACUGUGCAGGAACUCCAGAGAACAGCACAGCAACUUUACCCCAGAGUAGAACAGGGAGCAGUGGUGGUGGCUCGCAGAGAUCCGAAUUCUUACCUUCUUAUGCACGCCCGAAAAAUCAGCCCGGUGGUGGAAAACGAGAUAGCCGGUCAAAACCUCCAAGAAAAAUUAUUCCAAUGGCUCCACAUCCAGUUGUAGUGCUAAACAAAAGCGAAAACAGAUGGUUGCGACCUAAAGAGAGAGAAAAGGGAUUGUCUGAGGAAGAAAAAACUACAGCAGAAUUGUAUCGUAAUGUUAUGGCGAUUUUAAAUAAGCUGACUCCUCAGAAGUUCAAGACGUUAGUGGAAAAGAUGAUGGCUUUGAAUAUUGACUCCUGUGAACGUCUUGAAGGCGUCAUUGAUAUAAUAUUUGAAAAGGCGAUCGGUGAACCAGUUUUUAGCGUUGCAUACGCUAACAUGUGUCGAUGUUUGUUUACUUUAAAGAUAAAUGAUGCUGAUGGUAAUGUUGUGUCCUUUCGAAAGCUGUUGUUGAAUCGGUGUCAGAAAGAAUUCGAGAAAGAAAAGGAAGAUGAAGCUUUGUUAGAAAAACAGAAACUUGAGCAAUUGGAAGGAUUGUCGGAGGAAGAACAAAAAGCAAAGAGAGAAGAGCUAGACGAAGAUUUGGCCAAAAAUAAGAGGCGAAUGUUGGGAAACAUCAAAUUCAUAGGGGAAUUAUUUAAACUUAAGUUGCUGACAGAAAACAUCAUGCACGACUGUAUUUUCAAGUUGCUUCGGGCUGGUGACGAGGAAAGCUUAGAAAGUAUGUGCAAGCUGCUGUUUACCAUUGGUAAACAUCUUGAUUCAGAAAAAGCUAAGCCGAGAAUAGUGCAAUAUUUCGAUAAGAUCAACAAAAUUAUUAUUGCCAAGAAAGUGUCAUGGCGUGUGAUUUUCAUACUUCGUGAUGUCGUUGAUCUUCGAGACAAUAAAUGGGUACCUCGAAGAGAGGAGCAUGUUAACCCAAAAACGAUUGACCAAAUUCACAAAGAAGCAGAAAUGGAGAAACAACAGGAACAAAAAUUAGUGUCACAAUUGCCUGCCAAGGAUAAACAACAAAUAAAGAAAGGUAGUUCAGGUGGACGGGAUAGUCCUAAACCGGUCGCAAACGAUGGCUGGAUUACUACAGGAAAAGGCGGAAAGUCGCAGCCUAUCGACCAAAAUAAACUAAGAAACAUGGCAAAGCCCAUUGUUGAUAACAUCAUAAUUGUUGACGUUGAAGAUCUGACUUGGGAAGAUAAAGAGAAAACAAUAGGAGAAAAUAUUAAAGUUGAAAGUGAGAUUGAAAACGUGGCAGAAUCCGGGCUUCUUGUUGAACGGAAAAGGAGAAAGUACGAACGAGAUUUUCUCUUACAAUGUCGACACAUGCAAGUUUGUAAGGAAAAACCAGCAAACCUGCCCCAUAUUGAUGUCAUAUUGGACGUUCCACAACCACCCCGUAUUUUAAAAUUUCGUCCGCUACCUCUAAACAAAAGCAAAAGCAAAUGGCUGCGACCUAAAGAGAGAGAAAAGGGAUUAUCUGAGGAAGAAAAAACUACAGCAGAAUUGUAUCGUAAUGUUGUGGCGAUUUUAAACAAACUGACUCCUCUGAAGUUCAAGACGUUAGUGGAAAAGAUGAUGGCUUUGAAUCUUGACUCCUCUGAACGUCUUGAAGACGUCAUUGAUAUAAUAUUUGAACAUAAGGCAAUCGGUGAACCAGUAUUUUGCCUUGCAUACGCCAACAUGUGUCGAUGUUUGUGUCUUUUAAAGAUAAAUGAUGUUGAUGGUAAUGUUGUGUCCUUUCGAAAGUUGUUGUUGAAUCGAUGUCGGAAAGAAUUGGAGAAAGAAAAGGAAGAUGAAGCUUUGUUGGAAAAACAGAAACUUGAGCAAUUGGAAGGAUUGUCGGAGGAAGAACAAAAAGCAAAGAAAGAAGAGCUAGACGAAGAUUUGGCCAAAAAUAAGAGGCGAAUGUUAGGAAACAUCAAAUUCAUGGGGGAAUUAUUUAAACUUAUGUUGCUGAAAGAAAACAUCAUGCACCGCUGUAUUUUUAAGUUGCUUCAAGCUGGUGACGAGGAAAGCUUAGAAAGUAUGUGCAAGCUGCUGUUUACCAUUGGUAAAGAUCUUAAUUCAGAAAAAGCUAAGCCGAGAAUAGUGCAAUAUUUCGAUAAGAUCAACGAAAUUAUUAGUGCCAAGAAAGUGUCAUCGCGUGUGAUUUUCAUGCUUCGUGAUGUCGUUGAUCUUCGAGAAAAUAAAUGGGUACCUCGAAAAGAAGAGCGUUACUCUGAGUGGAAAAAGGGUGGACUUGAUAGUCCUAUAGCAGUCGCAAACGAUGGCUGGAUUACUACAAGAAAUUGCGAAAAGUCGCAGCCUAUUGACCAAAAUAAACUAAGAAAUAUGACGAAGGCUGCAGUGAUGAUCCCUGGACAGCGUAAUCAGCACUACAUGACAGCCCCUUCUAUAACAAUAUCACAACGACCAUUAAGACCAGGCAGGACAAUGUAUUCCUCCUCCCCACCAAAACCACUAAUGAUGCAAGAAUGUGCAAUGCCACGUCAAUAUCAAGUUCUACAGGAACCAUAUGGGCAGAUAAUGCGACCAGGUUUCAUACAAAAUAUUCCACAACCUUAUCCGCUUCCUGUAAGCACUGCUUCAUUUCCGCAGCAAUACAUUUCACAAACUCAGCCACAGCAGCCACAACAACGACCUGCACCAAAUACAGGAAUUUCCACAAAUACCAAAAAGGCAAGAUCCAAAAGACGUUCGAAGAUCGUCAUUAAGGAUCCAAACAGCAACAAAUAUAAUACAGUUUCCAUUAUCCAGGCAGAGUUUGCUGCCAAAGUAGAAAAAGUAGAAGCUCGUAGAGCUGGUGGCAAAAUGACGGAGCAGUAAGUAAGAGCACAUCAAGCUUGAAAAUGCGUUUUUGUUAAAAAUGACGGAAACAUACCAUUUGGUGAUGUACACAAUGCUGAAAUUAAUUUGGAUAUCCUCUUUUAAUAUAAAUGUCGAUUGAAGUAAAUUAAACAGGGAAUUCAUGGAUGUA